UCCGGCUGAGACUCGGAGUCCAACCCGGAUAAACGAGGAAGCAGCGCUUUGGUCCUGGAAGGAAAAAUCAGAGAUCUGCGCAGUUUCUCUUCAUCUCUUUGCGUUUUUUUUUUGUUUUUUUUUUCUUUAAUUGUUUCCUCUUCCAGGUCGUGUCUGAGAUUCCCAACAAACCAUGAGCUCGACAGAGAAGUUCAGGAGUCGCUGUCAGUUUUUGCUGAUGUGGUGAAGUCCGUGGCCCGGUGUGUGUGGGGUCGAUUGCAAGCAGAGCAGAUCAACAAGAGGAGCUGAGCACAACACAAUGAAGAACUGUCGCACCGAAGCGUCCUCGUGCGCCGAGAAAGGGCUGAGAGCGCUGUGAUCUGUGGACGGGCCAUAAGCCGAUGAGAGAGCUCCGACAAGCAGACAUUCAGGAAGCAGGUAUUUCGCGGAGCCUCGGUAAACACGUAGAGUGACAACAUGUGGAACAGCCCGUGGACUGGGACGUGGAGAGCGGUCGUGGGCUGCGCACUCCUAAUGUACACAUUCCUGCAUGCCGCUCGAGGUCUCAACAUGUGCAUGAGUGGCAGCGCUACUUCCUGUGAGGAAUGCCUCCUCAUUCAUCCCAGUUGUGCCUGGUGCGCACAAGAGGACUUUGGGAAAGGUCGGACUCUCACGUCACGCUGCGAUUUCAGAGAGAACCUGCAGAAGAGGGGAUGUGGGGCUUGGUUAAUUGAGUUCCCCUCCAGCAGCAUGUCUGUCCUGCAGAACAUGCCGUUGAGCUCCAAAGGAUCUGGGUCAACCCAUUACGACGUCGUCCAGAUCGCGCCACAGAAGAUCUCUCUGAGUCUGCGACCGGGAGACCAGACGUGGUUCGACCUGCAAGUGCGGCAGGUGGAAGACUACCCCGUGGACCUGUACUACCUGAUGGACCUCUCCCUGUCCAUGAAGGAUGACCUCGACACCAUCCGGAACCUGGGCACCAAGCUGGCUCAGGAGAUGGGAAAGCUCACCAGCAACUUCCGGCUAGGCUUCGGCUCCUUCGUGGACAAAAACAUGUCGCCCUUUUCUUACACGGCUUCAAAGUAUCAGGAGAAUCCCUGCAAUGGAUACAAGCUCUUCCCCAACUGUGUCCCCACCUUUGGUUUCCGCCACAUCCUCUCGCUGACUGACAAAGUGGACCGCUUUAACGAAGAGGUGCAAAAGCAGAUGGUGUCUCGCAACCGGGAUGCUCCAGAGGGCGGGUUUGACGCCAUCCUGCAGGCUGCAGUUUGUAAGGAGAAGAUCGGCUGGAGGAAAGAGGCCUACCACCUGCUGGUGUUCGCCACCGACGAUGUGCCUCACCUGGCUCUGGACGGCCGGUUGGGAGGCCUCGUCCAGCCCCACGAUGGACAGUGUCACCUGGAUGAUGAGAAUGAGUACAGUGCCUCUACGCAGAUGGACUAUCCUUCUCUGGCUCUGCUCGGGGAGAAACUGGCAGAAAACAACAUCUUCCUCAUCUUUGCGGUGACGAAGCGGCUGUAUGUCAUUUAUAAGAAUUUCACUGUCCUCAUUCCUGGAACCACAGUAGAAAUCCUGGAUCAGGACUCAAAGAACGUCAUCCAGCUGAUUGUGGCGGCCUACAAUAACAUCCGCUCUAAGGUGGAGCUCACAGUGUGGAACCACCCAGAGGACAUCAGCCUUUCCUUCAGUGCCACCUGCCAGGAUGGGACAUCACUGCCGGGCCUCAGGAAGUGUGCCGACUUGAAGAUCGGAGACACUGUAUCGUUCAACGUCAGUGUGGAGGCGAGGAGCUGUCCUCCUCAAGACACUGAUCGCAGCUUCACCAUCAAGCCAGUGGGUUUCAAAGACCAUCUAGAGGUGGUUGUGGAAUAUCGCUGUGACUGUGGCUGCACCCAGACGGCCCAGACCAACAGCAGCAUCUGCAGCUCCAUCGGUACCUAUAACUGUGGGACAUGCCGCUGUGAGCCGGGAUACCUGGGUGCCCGCUGCGAGUGCCAUGAGGGUGAGGCUAGCAGCAUGUACCAUAGCGCCUGCCGAGAGGCUGAGGGCAAGCAGGUCUGCAGCGGACGAGGCGAGUGCAGUUGCAACCAGUGCCUGUGUUAUGAUUCUGAAUUCGGCAAGAUCUAUGGGAGCUUCUGCGAGUGUGACGACUUCUCUUGCGCCCGACACAAAGGUGUUCUCUGCUCAGGUCAUGGAGAAUGUCACUGUGGAGAGUGUAAAUGCCAUGCCAGCUAUGUCGGGGACAACUGUAACUGCUCCACGGAGAUGUCGAACUGCUUUUCCGGCGACGGACAGAUGUGCAGCGGGCGAGGCAACUGUGUUUGUGGCCGUUGUCAGUGCACGGAGCCGGGAGCUUUUGGAGACACCUGUGAAAAAUGCCCCACCUGCCCCGACGCCUGUGGCACGAAAAGGGAGUGCAUUGAGUGCCGACUUUUCACCUUGGGGAGACUCGCUGACAACCAGACUUGCCAGCGUCUGUGCAAAGAUGAAAUCAUCACUAUGGAGACCCUCAAAACCGAUGAUCCCACUGCUGUGCACUGUGUGUAUAAAACGGACAAUGACUGCGUCAUGAAGUUCACAUAUUCUGAACACGCCAGUGGACGCUCCAUCCUCACAGCUCUCAAAGAGCCGGAGUGCGGAGCUGGGCCCGAUGCUCUCACGGUGCUACUGGCAGUGGUUGGCAGCAUCCUGCUGGUGGGGGUUGUACUGCUCGCCGUCUGGAAGCUUGUCAUCACCGUUCACGACCGGAGAGAGUUUGCUCGCUUCCAGAGUGCACGGUCACGUGCCCGAUAUGAGAUGGCCUCCAACCCUCUGUACAAGCAGCACGUCUCCACACACUUUGUAGAAACUGACUUCAACAUGUUCGGGAAGUCGUACAAUGGAGGGCUCCACUGAUUGCUCCGACCAGGGCACGGCAGGACCGGUCCGACAGUUGAGAUCCACGGAGGACAACGGACUCGAACCCACUUGGCCACACUGAUGAUAAAAAUGACAUGUAUUCAAGUGAUUUCCAGACGGGGGGGGGUCUGGUCUCCCCCCAAGCAGAAUGUGACCCGAUUUCUCCUUCGUCUGGACGUCCCCAUUGGGGAGGAGAGACAGCAAUGAGUUUGUCUGGCACUCAUUGUCUGUACAGAGCCGGCUGCACAUUGGCUUACAUUUGUCUAUUUUUAUAAACACUAAAAACGAGUUUUGUUCUACGCUACAGUUACACUCUCUUCUCUUCACCUAAACUACCCGCUGCCAUAUAGAUGCAUGUCUACGUUCAUAACUCCACGCCUCAGCAAAACGACGAUGAAAUUCAUUGUCCUUGUUGUUUCUCUGCAGCGGGACAAGCUCUUCCUCCUAAACAUCAUCUACUCAGAUGUCCUGUCUCUUUUCUGUUGCAGUGAUUUUAGUCUAAGCAGCUGGUCCAUGUACUUUUAAGGUGUUUUAAGUUUGGUUUUAAGUAAAUUUACAUUUGGUAAAGAUAGGUAAAGAAGGAACCAGAAGUUUUUGUGAAAGUUGUUUCCGUCAGUCAAUGACUUCAAGUCUUUUCUGUUGGUCUAAACGGAGACAUUGAACAAUAUUUACAUAUAAUUUUAGACUUUCUGACACCAGGUUCAUUUAGUGCUGGGUUUUAAAAGCAAACUUAAUACCAAAAAAGUACACAAAUCAUAAAUUUAUUUCUACAUUUAUCAUCUCCAGUGUCAUCCACUGUAUUGCACUCCACAGAGUUUUAGUAGAGCUACAGAAUGAUUCACAAUGAGGAAGUAUUAACCAAACCCUUUCUCAAAACAGGUCUUAAAUCUAAAUAGUUUAAUUUGAAUUCAAGACUAAGUAACUUAGGGAAACACCUGGGAGCUGUUGUUUCUUAACAUAUCUAAGUAUGAGAAGACGAUGGGUUUUACCAGAUUAAAUGUGUCAUGCAGUUUAUUUACAGCAGGGGUCAGCAUUUCUUAUCACUAUAGAUGCAAGGUGACAUUUCUGUGGUAUACACAUUUACUCAGAUUUAAAUAAGUAAAUCACCUGUUUUCAUUAACAGUUUAAAGUUCACUAAAUAAAUAUAAUGUAAUAAACACAUAUUUCUGUCUUUAUGUAAGAAGUUGGGCUUUUAUACCAAACGGAAAUCAAUUCACUGUUCAGUUAUUAGUCUACACAGACUGCUGUGUUGGCUUAGAGUCACAAAAUAAGAAGUUCAUUAGUUUAAAUAAAAACAGGACAAGAUAUUUCUUUAAUGGUAUAAUCUGAGGAAGAUGAAUUUAUCUAUGAGGAAUGAAAAUAAUCCUGGGUUCACCUAAACUACUGUUAUUAUAAACUAUAAUUAAGAUUUUUCUUUAUUUUUCAUUUAAUGAUGGUAAGAAUUAAAAUAACCCAACUUCUGAACUUAACAUGUUAAACUGAACCCAUGCACCACGGAUUGACUUGAGGUAUUUUUGGACACAUGCUUUGAGUUGAUAAGGCACCCUGCCAGGUGUGGGUGUGGGUGUGGACUCGCUGGGAGAAGUUAGUCUUGAAGUUUGUAUUGUUUUGCGAGAGCGUGUGUAAAUAAUUAUUCCAUGGGGCGUAUGUACAUACGGUGCCAAAUAAAAAUGAAACGUUAUGAGCUUCAGCAGUGAUUUGCUCCACAUUAAACUCAUAGAGCUCACAUAGAGCGGAAACAAUAAAGAUGCUUCUCUCUAAAGUCA